AUGGGUCUCAUGCCCCGGGCGAAGCCCAGGGUGCAUCACCACGACGAGGACAAGCAGGACCCGGAGAUGGCGCACCGGCUGCGCCCGGACCUCGCGGACGACGAGUCCGAGACGUCCUCGGUCGACGACGUCCAGGGGCGCGGCCAGGGCGUGCGGGAGAUGGUCAAGGCGACGCUGGGAGCGCGCGAGUUCGUGCUCUAUGUGCUCUUCGUGGUGCUCUUCUCCAUCGUGACGUUCAACUCGAAGCCCGGCACGGAGCAGUACUACCUCAACGUGAUUCACCGGGACAGCUUCCGGCCGGAAGGCGUGGACUCCGUACAGCAGACGUACGCGUUCCUGAGGGGGGAUUUGGCGGACAGAAUGUACCCUCAGACGGACUCGAACGGCAACAUCCUCGGGCCGCUGGCGCGGCUCCAGGUGUCGGCGCGGUCCCGCCAGGUGGGCGCGAUGCGCAUCCGGCAGGUCCGCACGAACCUGACGCUGUGCGAGGACCUCCCGUCGCGGCUGAAGACGCUCAACACGGGCAACGACGCAGAGGUGCAGCAGACGCGGUGCAUGGAGCCGUACAGCGGCGGCAACCAGCUGCGCGAGCCGAUCUGGGCGAACGGCACGGCGGAGCUCAUCGAGCUGCAGGACUUCACGCUGCCCUUCAACUGGCAGGACACGGACCAGCUCAACACCUCCAACAUCGCCACGUUCUUCGGCGACCACGGGAGCUACCGGCAGAGCGGGUACGCGCUCGACGUGGUGCCGAACAUCGCGCCGAACUUCCUCGCGCAGGAGUUCCGCGCGUGCCGGAACUUCAUCCAGCGCUCGAUAGACCAGUGCGCGGCCGACCAGGGGGUGGACCAGGUGGCGCCCGCGACGAGCCCGCCGGCGACGCAGCCCCCGGCGACGGAGCCCCCGCGGUCGAACCCGAACGGCCCGGCGUUGCUCGCCGCGGAGGGCAACGUCGUGUCGGACCCGCAGAACCAGUACAGGUUCAGCAUCGUGUCGAGCACCACGUUCGGGCAGGCGGACCAGACGCGGAUCCUCAAGUACACGCUGCUGAACAACGGGUCGACGGUGUCGCAGUUCGAGAUCACCAUCCGCGACGCGAGCGGGAACGUGGUGCAGGCGCCCAACUGGCUGCGGGUGCAGCAGGCCGGGCAGCGCAUCGUGGUCAACCCGAAGACGACGCUCCCCGUGGACAUCCAGGUCAACAAGGACGACGUCGAGUACGCGCAGGUCAACAACGGCGCCACGCAGCGCGCCUCGGGCGCGCCCGUGUUCAUCCACUUCACCGACACGCUGCAGCCGCCGCCGGCCAACCCCUCGGGCCGCGCCAUCAUCGAGCUGUCGCUCUUCUACUCGAAGCCCCCCGCGCGCCGCCAGGCGCGCUCCAAGCUCGCGCACGGCGUCGCGGGCGCGCUCGGCCCCGAGAACCGCCGCGCGCCGCGCUCCGCCGCGGGCCGCCGGCUGAGCCAGUCGAGCAACGGGACGUGCGAGGAGAUCGUCCCGCUGCGGAUGUACCCGGGGCUGGACCUGUCGAAGUGCAAGCGCCUCCCGAACAUCCCGGACCAGUGCGAGCUGCGCUACGUGUCGCUCCAGCAGGCCGUCAAGUACAUCGACGGCGACGUGUGCGGGCGGUGCGCGUGCGCGUCGCCGACGGACGGGCGGUGCCUGCAGACGUGCAGCGCGAAGGCGCUGUUCCUGGAGCAGCUGAGCAUCCUGCAGCAGUACGCGUGGCUGUCGGACAACACGCGCGCGGUGGUGAUCGACAUCCCGCUGCUGUCGCAGGAGACGGCGCUGUUCACGACGGUCCGCAGCGUGAUCGAGUUCCCCUACUUCGGCGGCGUGUUCCCGACGGUCGAGACGCUGACGUACCGCCUCUUCCGCUACGUCACCCAGGGCGACCUCAUCGUGCUGGUGCUCGAGUUCAUCUUCCUGGCGAUGACGCUGUACUACACGGUGCAGGAGGUCAUCGAGAUCGCGCGCUCCAAGCUCGCGUACCUCCGCGAGGCCUGGAACUACAUCGACUGGGCCAACCUGAUCAUCAUCUACACCGUCUUCGGGCUCCGGCUGGCCUCCUACCUCGAGAUCCGCUCCAGCGACAUCUCCUCCUUCUCCGUCGUCUACACGGACUACCCCUCCCUCGGCGUGUUCGCCACGCAGGAGCUCAACGUCGCCGCGUUCAACUUCUUCCUGCUGUACUUCAAGUUCUUCAAGUACCUGAGCCACGUGCCCAGGAUGGACGCCAUCCUCGCCACCAUCGCCGCCUCGGCCUUCGACCUCUGCCUCUUCGCGCUCAUGGGCGCGGUCGUCAUGUUCGGGUUCGCCGCCGCGUUCUACUCGUCGUUCGGGCAGGAGGUCAAGGCGCACUUCACCGUCGCCGACUCCAUGGGCACGCUCUGCCGGAUCCUCCUCGGGGACUUCGACUACGAGUCCCUCAGCGACGCCAACGCCAUCAUGGCCCCGCUCCUGUUCUACUCGUUCAUCCUGGUGGUCUUCUUCAUCCUCCUGAACAUGUUUUUGGCCAUCGUCAACGACGCGUACGCCGAGGUCAAGGGGAACCAGUCGGAGGAGGACCUCAACUUCUACAUCAACCUCAAGGACAAGAUCGCGUCGCGCCUGCGCCGCCUCAUGGGCAAGAAGGACGCGAUCAACCAGCUCGCGCGCGACCUCAUGGACGAGGGCCGCCUCGCGGACGGGUACCUCGACAUGGACGAGCUGCGCGAGGCCCUCAAAGACAACCCGCGCGCGCUCGAGGUGCUGGAGACGACGAGCGUCGCGGAGCUGAUGAAGAAGUACGACGUCAACCGCGACGGCAAGCUCUCGCGCGACGAGCUCGUCGAGAUCCUCAAGGAGCUGGCGGCGCGCGAGGCGACGCUGACCAACCGCAUCGAGGACGUGCGCGGGCAGGCGGACGCGGGCGCGCACGCGGGCGCGAUGAACAUGGCGCGUAUGGCGGCCAUGGCGGGCGGCGGGAUCGGCGCGGCCGAGAUCCAGGCCAUGGAGAGCAAGCUGGACAAGAUGGAGGGAGACAUCAAGGACAUGUCGCGGCAGGUCGCGAAGAAGAUGGCGCUGCUCAUCGAGCUCUGCAUGGGCCUCUCCGACCAGGUCCAGGCCGCCGUGUCCGGCAUCCAGCGGCCAACGUCCUCCUAG